AUGGAUGUAGUGCAGGCCACGUCGGGCUACGUCACCAAAAUGGUGUCGGCCGGCGAGAGCACAACAGGUGCGCCGCCGGCCAAAAUGAAGAUCUUGCUGCUGGACAGGGAGACGCUGCACUUCAUCUCGAGCGCUGUGUCGCAGUCAGCCCUGCUGAACCACGAGGUCUAUCUCAUAGACCGCCUCGAUAACCCCAACCGCGAGAAGAUGCGCCAUCUGCGCUGUCUCUGUUUUGUGAGGCCACACCCAGACUCCAUCGGCCAGCUCAUCGAUGAGCUGCGGGAACCCAAGUACGGGGAGUACCAUCUGUUCUUCAGCAACGUUGUCAAGAAGUCGACGUUAGAGCGCCUGGCAGAGGCCGAUGACCAUGAGGUGGUCAAGCUGGUGCAGGAGUACUUCCUCGACUACGUGGUCAUCAACCCGGAUCUCUUUUCCCUCAACAUGUCUCUACCCGUGCACCGGAUAUGGAGUGGCAGCCCGGACACCUGGAACACGAAUUCGCUGCAACGGGCCACCGAAGGCAUCAUUGCCAUGCUCCUAAGUCUCAAGAAGAAGCCCCUAAUCAGAUACCAAAGAACCAGCCCCUUAGCGAAAAAGCUUGCUUCCGAGGUGCGGUACUACAUGACCCAAGAAGAUCAGUUAUUUGACUUCCGGAAAGUCGACACGCCCCCCCUCCUUUUGAUCUUGGACCGGAGGGAAGACCCCAUCACCCCGCUACUCAUGCAGUGGACAUACCAAGCCAUGGUACAUCACCUGCUGGGCAUCAACAACGGCAGGGUAGAUCUCAGCGAGGUGCCCGAUAUCAGGCCGGAGCUCAAGGAGAUUGUACUAUCACAAGACCAAGACCCUUUCUUCAAGAAGAACAUGUACCUCAACUUCGGCGACCUGGGAAGCAAUAUCAAGGACUACGUCGAGCAAUACCAGUCCAGGACUAAGAACAACGCCGACAUUGAGUCAAUAGCCGACAUGAAGCGCUUCAUCGAGGAGUAUCCCGAGUUCCGGAAGCUCUCGGGCAACGUAAGCAAGCACGUCACGCUCGUCUCAGAGCUGAGCAGGCGGGUGGGCACCGAGAACCUCCUCGAAGUCAGCGAGCUUGAACAGAGUAUAGCGUGCAACGAGAAUCACGCAGCAGAUCUAAAGAAUAUCCAAAAACAAAUCCAAUCACCAUCGGUGACCCCCGAAAACAAAGUUUACCUCGUCGCCCUCUACGCCCUACGCUACGCCAAACACCCCUCGAAUUCGCUCCCCAUGCUGACCGACCUCCUCAGCGCGGCGGGCGGCGUCUCGCCCCGCCAGGCUGCCCUCGUCUCCAAGCUGCUCACGUACCACCACUCCCUGCAGCAGUCCCCCGCCACCACGGGCGGCAUCACGGAGCUGUUCGAAUCGACGGGCCUCUUCAGCUCGGCCGGCUCCCGCUUCAAGGGGCUCAAGGGCGUCGAGAACGUGUACACGCAGCACUCCCCGCUGCUGGAGACCACGCUGCAUCAGCUGGUGAAGGGCAAAUUGCGGGAGGCGCAGUACCCGUUCGUGGAAGGCGGCGGCACGACCAGGGAUAAGCCGCAGGACGUGGUGGUGUUCAUCGUGGGCGGGGCGACGUAUGAGGAGGCGAAGAUGGUGGCCGGCAUCAAUGCUUCGACUCCCGGGGUCAGGGUCGUACUGGGCGGCACGACGGUGCAUAAUGCGGCGACGUUCAUGGAGGAGGUGGACGAUGCGGUGUCGAGUUGGCCUGAGGUCGGGGGAGCGGGGAGGAGGCGGUAG